AUGGCAGCGAGAAAGAUGCCCUCAUACAUCACUUCUUCACGCACCUGGGCUCUAGCUGACCCAACGAGCACUACGAACGCCAUGAAGGGUUUCGAGCCUCUGAGCUUUAGCGGCAUCCAUGUGUCUAUAGACACUGACAGUGAUCCUGAGUACAACUACAGCUCGCACGUGCCCAAUCCGCCAGGCCAAUCCCAGUCUGGCCGCCAAACACUUCACCCGACUUCUGCAAUCAGUCACGACAUUCCUGCAGCCCCUAGAGCAAGGCCGAGACUCCAUACUAGGAUACUCGAUCGCUCCAUUGCUCGACAGGUCCCUCCUGUGGGCCCCGCGCGAUCGAAUUCUGCCUCUGAAUAUGGUCAAACUUGGGGAGGCCACGUUGAACAUAUGCAUGGUGUUGAUCGUGUGCUCUCAAGAACACUCACGCCCUGCUAUUCUGUGGGGAACCAUCCGUGCUGGCCGGGUCCUCUAGCCUCCCCAUUCUCUUUGGAACUUAACGCCUUGAUGAACACUCUAGUGAUCCCAACUCAGCCACAUGCAUCUACCAGGCGUCUGAGACCUGGCAGGAACAAUUCAGGACUUGUCUCACUUACCGAGAUAGCCACACGUUUCCGACUUGAACAUGGUAGCAUACAGACCCUGAACGCUGCGGCAGAAAAACCCGAUGUUCUCAAGUUCAUUGUCCUGUUCAGCAAUUACGAGAAUGGCAACCACGGCUGCUAUCGCAAGCUGGCCGUAUCUGCAAAGGUCAAUCUCCAUCUUCUCCCCGGCCAUGAACUCCCUUACCCGGAUCAGGACGCUGGAGAGCCUGAGCAUGAGCACGAUGAUCCCAGCAACGCAUUUCCAGACCCUGACCUGAUAGAUUUGCGCAGCCGUACGGUAUCAGCGGCUUCUGAGAGACCUGAAGUCGCUUCCUCCUCGUCGGCUGCAUCAACUUCGCCUACCUCCACUCAACCACUUGGUGAUGCAACAAAGACAAGUAAUCUCCAACCUAUCGCUGUAUUCUCUAAAGUCCGAUCCUCAAGUCAGCUCAAGGAGUUCACGUUCCUAGGCUGGUAUGAGCUUGAGGAGACGGAAUUCUUCGCUCCUGGGUCUUCCGCAUUGGUCAAGAUGUUGGAGCAAAAAAGUGGAAGAGCCUGGGAAGAGGAUCUUGAGAGCGAAUGGGCGAAGAUCAAGUUAGUAAGACAAGGACGAAGCGAGAACGUGCGCCUUGAUGAGCUGUGA